AUGGCCACCACCACCAACAACAACAACGUGAAAGAGGAAGCGCCAAUAUCGAUCCAGGCUCUUGAAGCUGGAGAAGUUGAUGUUGGGAGUGUCUGUCGUCAGCUUGAGUCUUUAGAAUCGCUCCUUGGUUCUAUUCGGUCGAAAAUGGUACAAUUAUUAGAGACAUUAGCGACGGCCGAUGCAACUACGGCCUUGGGUGCAGAAUCACUUGUUGCUCAACAAGCACAGGAGAGUGUUGCUCAACUCAUUGGUGAACGAGCCACUUUCCUAGCAGAGUAUAGGAGGCUUAUGCCACUUGUUCGAUACUGUAAAAUUAAAAUGGGGCUAAGUCCUGAUCAGCAGAAGGUGGCGCAGCAUCACGUGGUCUGA